CGCAUGCACAGUCUGCGGCCGCGCACAGCACGCUUAAUGCCCGGAUGGCGGCGGCGGCAGCUGCUACUGGAAGCGGGACACCCCGCGAGGAGGAGGGGUCUAGUGGGGAGACAGCGGCCCCGCAGCCACAAGCCCCGACGAGUGGGUCCGGGGCUCGUCUCUCCAGGCUGCCUCUGGCGCGAGUGAAAGCCUUGGUUAAGGCAGACCCCGACGUGACGCUCGCGGGACAAGAAGCCAUCUUCAUCCUGGCUCGAGCCGCGGAACUGUUUGUGGAGACUAUUGCAAAAGAUGCCUACUGCUGUGCUCAACAAGGAAAGAGGAAAACCCUCCAGAGGAGAGAUUUGGAUAAUGCAAUAGAAGCUGUGGAUGAAUUUGCUUUUCUGGAAGGUACUUUGGAUUGAUUGCUGAGCUGGGGACUUUUGUGAGCCUUUACCUGCAUCCUUCAGCUAGCCCUCUGCAGGCCUCAGCUUUGAAGAAGAGUCCUUGGAAAGUCACACACAUACUUUUCCUGUUCUCACUUCACCUAAGCCGGAAUAAACACAGAUCUCAUCUGUUAGUUUUUUCUCUGCAAGGUCUUCCACUGCUGUGUCUUCCAUUUCUGGCCUCGAUGCAGCUACUGCUGCUUGAGGCAGAGAAAAGGGAAAUAAUUUGUGUAGGUUGCUUAAUGAAUGGUAGGGACCAGAAUAAAGGUGUCUGAUCAAGCUC